AGUCAUCGCUUUCUCAAUUUCCCACCAAUCUGAAGAAGAAACAAUCUUCAAAUUCAUAAUUUCGUUUCUAAAUUCCAAUGGAUUCAAUUUCAAACCCUGAUCCCAAACCCCAAAACCCCAAUCCUCCCCCAAAAUCCCCACCCAAAAACAACAAGGAUUUCCUAAUCCACCUCGAAACCUACUUAGCCAAGCGCGACGGCGUCGACAAACUCCUCAAAAUCUCGCGCUACGCCGCCAAGAUCGCCCUCGCCUCCUCCCUCCUCCGCCACCGCGCCCCGCUCUCUGCCCGCCUCAAAUCGUUCGAAUCGAGCGUCGGCGUCAGCCGUAAGGCAUUCCGCCUCGGCAAAUUCGUUCAGGAUGUCAACGCUCUCCGCGCGAUCGAUGCCGCUUCCCACUCCCGCCUCAGCCUGAUCCUCUCCGCCGUCGCCUACGGCGGCGAGGGUUUCUACUAUUUCAUCGAGCAGCUGGUGUGGCUGGGGAAGGCGGGGCUGAUCGACAAGAGGCAUCUAAACUUGCUGCACAAAUGGAGCGCGUGGUGCGAGUUUGUUGGCUAUUUCGGGAGCGUGAGCUUGAAGGUGAUGGAGCUGCGGGAGAUCGAGGUGCAGGAGAGGUGCGCGGCGUCGAGCGUGGACGUGGCGGUGCUGAGGGGGAUUAAGUGCGGGGAGGAGCAGGGGAGGCUGAGGAAAUUGAGGGAGAAGAAGGUGAUGAAGCGGCUCUCGGUGGUGCAGGAUUUGGCCGAUGGAUUGAUGGCGCUGGCGGAUAUUAGAGACGGCGGUGGAGGAGUUCUGGCGUCACCGCUCUUGCUGUCCUCGGCUGGGAUGCUCUCCGCGCUUAUUAGUACUCAUAAGAAUUGGAUUUCUUGCUGAGGUAUGGCUGUUCUGGUGUUGUUGUUUGUGAUCAUGAUUGAGGAAUGUUGCAAAGAUGCUUGUUGAGAAUAAAAUGAUUCUUUAUACUUAA